AUGUCGGCCAUAAAGAGACGCAUGACUUUACCAUCGGAACCGAAACGCGAAGAUCCAAUCUACAAGCCAGCAGAGAAGCCGGUCUCGCAGCCAGAUCAUGGAGCAGCGUUCAUUCUGGUGCAUGGCCUUGGAGAUACUGCUGAGGGCCUUGAGAACAUCGCAGACCAGUUCCAGCAAAAUCACAAACUGCCUUAUGUGCACUGGAUAAUACCGAACGCAAUGGAGAAUCGGGACGCCAUGACAACAGCCUGGUACACCCCCAACGCCUUCUCCGCCUUCCCCCCCAACCGCCCCGACCUCGCCCCCUCCGAAGACAUCGACGGCCUCUCCACCUCCAUAUCCUACCUCGAAUCCCUCAUCGAUGCCUGCGUCCGCAAAGGAAUCCCACCCCAACGCAUAAUCCUCGGCGGCUUCUCCCAAGGCUGCGCCCUCUCCCUCCUGUUGGACCUCACCUCAAAAAAUUACGCCGGCAAGCUCGGCGCCAUCGUCGGCUUAAUGGGCUACCUGCCCCUAGCAGAAGGACGGGCAUUGUGGGAUUUGCGAGCGAAAGCGGGGUUGCCGAUCGAUCAUGGGGAUGUUCCGAUCUUUCUGGCGAGGGGAAAGGAGGAUAAGAUGAUUCCGGGGAGGGUGUGGAAGAGGACGGUGGAGAAGUUGGAGGAGUUGGGGGUUGGGAAGGAUCAUUUGGAGGUUAGGGAGUAUGAGGGGUUGGGGCAUGGGUUGAGUGGACGGGUGCUGGGGGAUGUGUGUGGGUUUGUUGAGAGGUAUGUGCCGGCUUUGGAGGAUUAG